GUUGCAUGAUGGAAUUUGAACAUUACCUCAAGAGGUUUCCUAUUUUGGAUUAGUUAAUUGUGCUCAUCCUCUGCUGAUAAUUUCUUUGGACACAGUUUUUGCUGUCCUUUGAUUAAUUAAUGCAAAGAGAUUAUACCAUGGACCACAAGGAAAGCUGCCCAAGUGUAAGCAUUCCCAGCUCUGAUGAACACAGAGAGAAAAAGAAGAGGUUUACUGUUUAUAAAGUUCUGGUCUCUGUAGGCAGAAGUGAAUGGUUUGUCUUCAGGAGAUAUGCAGAGUUUGACAAACUUUACAACACCCUAAAGAAACAAUUUCCUGCUAUGGCCUUGAAGAUUCCUGCCAAGAGAAUAUUUGGUGAUAAUUUUGAUCCAGAUUUUAUUAAACAGAGAAGAGCAGGACUGAAUGAAUUCAUCCAGAACUUAGUUAGAUAUCCAGAGCUUUACAACCAUCCAGAUGUCAGAGCAUUCCUUCAAAUGGACAGCCCAAAACAUCAAUCAGAUCCAUCUGAAGAUGAAGAUGAAAGAAGUACUCAGAAGCUACACUCUACCUCACAGAAUAUUAACCUUGGACCAACUGGAAAUCCUCAUGCUAAACCAACUGACUUUGAUUUUUUAAAAGUUAUUGGAAAAGGCAGCUUUGGCAAGGUUCUUCUUGCAAAACGGAAACUAGAUGGGAAAUUUUAUGCUGUCAAAGUAUUACAGAAAAAGAUAGUCCUCAAUAGAAAAGAGCAAAAGCAUAUUAUGGCAGAACGCAACGUGCUCUUGAAAAAUGUGAAACAUCCAUUUUUGGUUGGAUUGCAUUAUUCUUUCCAAACAACUGAAAAGCUUUAUUUUGUUUUGGAUUUUGUUAAUGGAGGGGAGCUGUUUUUUCACUUACAAAGAGAACGGUCCUUUCCUGAACAUAGAGCAAGGUUUUAUGCUGCUGAAAUUGCCAGUGCAUUGGGUUACUUGCACUCCAUCAAAAUAGUGUACCGAGACUUGAAACCAGAAAAUAUUCUUUUAGAUUCAAUGGGACAUGUUGUCUUAACAGAUUUUGGGCUUUGUAAAGAAGGAAUUGCUAUUUCAGAUACCACCACAACCUUCUGUGGAACACCAGAGUAUCUUGCACCUGAAGUAAUCAGAAAACAGCCCUAUGACAACACUGUAGAUUGGUGGUGCCUUGGUGCUGUUCUGUACGAAAUGCUGUAUGGAUUGCCUCCUUUCUAUUGCCGAGACGUGGCGGAAAUGUAUGACAAUAUCCUUCACAAGCCUCUGAGUUUGAGGCCCGGAGUGAGCCUCACGGCGUGGUCCAUCCUGGAAGAACUCCUCGAGAAAGACAGGCAGAGCCGGCUGGGCGCCAAGGAGGACUUUCUUGAAAUUCAGAAUCAUCCUUUUUUUGAGUCACUCAGCUGGACGGACCUUGUACAAAAGAAGAUUCCACCACCAUUUAAUCCUAAUGUAGCUGGACCGGAUGACAUCAAGAACUUUGACACAGUGUUUACAGAGGAAACGGUUCCAUAUUCCGUCUGCGUGUCCUCUGACUAUUCUAUCGUGAAUGCCAGUGUGCUGGAGGCAGACGACGCCUUCCUGGGUUUCUCUUAUGCUCCUCCUUCAGAGGACUUAUUUUUGUGACCGGUUAGCCACCUAGAAACUGCCAAAAGAUCCAGACCUGCAGAUGGGAAUGAGAUGCCUCUGUUUGUGUAAAUACAUUCAAAAUGUUCAAAUAUGUUCAAGGGUGCCUCAUUUUUAUAUGUAAUGUUGAAAAUGAUAAAAAAAAAAAACCACGUUUUCUGCUGUAUUCAAGACAAAAGGGCAUUUCAAGUAACUAAGUUUUGAAUUAGAAUUUGUAUUCUAGUUUAUUAAGCUUAUUUUUAAACAAAAUUUAAAAGCUAUUCUUAAUAUUAACCUAUUUUUAAAGAAAACAUUUUGCUAUUGACUGUUUUUUCCCCCUGCAGUUUGUACUAACCCAAGAUAGACCUUUUUUUUUUUUUUAGCAAUCUACAAUUAACACAUUUGUAACUCUACUAUGACUUGUAUUAUAUCAGAACUAUGCAAUUGGCACAUGGUUGUUUUGAGAGGAUACCAGAUCUUUUCAUCAUACAUCACUGUUGGAGAUAAUUACGUCUUGGUAGAAUUAAAAUGUAAGAGCAUAAUUAAUAGAUUGGCUGUUAUUUAACAUAGAAUAAGCAUUCAUUUCUCAGAUAAUAAAAGAAGUAAUGAAAAAAAUCACUUUUGAAAUGCCACUUCAAAUUUAUACAUCUUCUAGAAGAAAAUAAAAAUGUUAAUGCUUAGGAAUUUUAAGAAUUCUCAGAUCUGCUAGAAAUUUUUAAUGUGGUGCAAAAAAUGGAAUGUUUCUGUUAUAUAACUAUAUGGUAAAUAUACUUACAUUGUUUUUGGUCUCUGAAAUGUCUUAAUGCACUGCUAUGUAGGUUAGAUCUUGGUGUUUUCUUUUGCAAACAGCU